AUGCCCAAGUGCCCCAAGUGCCAGAAGGAGGUGUACUUCGGUAAGACUGCCCGUCGGGGCGCCUAGAGAGGGGUGGCGGGAGGCUCUCUUGCCCUGGAUCGGGGGCGCGCCUCUCGCGCGGGCAGCCCUGCUUCGGGGACUGGGCCAAGAGGGAGGGAGGGUCGCUUGGGCCGAGCUGCCGGCGGUCCUGGCGGCGGGAGGGUCGGGCAAAUGCGCGUCUGGACGGGACGGGCUGGGCAACCGGCUUCCCCGGGGGAGAAACGGAGGUCCAAUUGCAGGACCUGGACAGCUCUGUCCAGAUUUGCGGGAGCCGAGCAGCCUCGGAGCCCGCGCUCCCGGGGAUUCCUCGACGCCCAGCCCCUCGGCGGCAACAGUGAUGGCGACACGGAGAUCCGCAGGCUCGGGCUCUUUGCGACGACGACGUGGGCUGCUCCGCGGUGUGGCGAAGGCACAGAAGAGUAAAGUUCGAAGGCUUGGCCAAGCCUGUUGUCUGGCAGACCCAGAAAACUGGGAAGAACCAAGACUGUAUUGUCAAGGAAUCUGCUCCCGACAGCCCUGUUUGCAAUGCAGGCCCAAUAAAAUAGCGCUAAGUUGGGGGGGGGGGGGGACAAUAGGAUAGAGGAAAAUGAGUAGGAAGGAACCUGGAGAAAACAAGAUGAGAGGAUGGGGACUUCCAGACAUAAGUUGCCAUGUUGUUGCAGCAGGUCUGGUCCGGCAUGGAUGAUGCAAUGGUACCAGAUGAGGAAAUAUAAUAGACCAUAGGAGGAAUGUUCAGUUAAGACCAGGGGGCCAUGGUUGCUUGGGCACCCACAGUAAUACAAUGGUGGAGGCUGGGCACCCACAAAGUCGAGGAGAAAGGCCGGCAGGCUGCGAGAGAAAGUUCAGCUUCGCCCUCUGCAUCCAGCCAGUGAGGCGGCCUUUUGGGGAGCCUGGACAUAGAAGCAGAGUCUGUGCCUCUGCGUCCAAGCCCCUCCCUGCGUGGCGUCACACGUCCUGAGGGUGAGUUGGCACCCCAAUAUUAAGUAUCACUAUGGACAAGUAAAGAAGUUGGGCAAACAUUUUACAGAGGGGAGUCACAUGUAAUAAGCAUAUAUAAAAAUUUGACAUCAAUAUGAACUGUUCUUAUUCCUCAAACCCUCCCCAUUGACUUCUCUACUAGAAGAUAUGAACAGUUCAAUCUAAAAGGACAAUUGGGAAAUUUCCAGAUAUGGAAAGAAAAUAAAUAGAAAAUCUUUCAAGAUUGGAAAGAUUUCCAGACCAUUAAACAAGUAUAAGCAAAAUGGAAGGUGGACCCACUCAGAAUUUGCAAAUUGGGACUUUUCCGAACAGGCUGACAAUUAGGAAAUUUGGAAGGAGAAGACUGAGUCAAACAAACUGAAAGAUAUCUCAAAUGUUCUCCAAGAUACUUAAAUUAUUAUUUUUUAAAAAUAGGCAAAUAAUCCAUAAUUAUAUGAUGAAACUGAAUUACAAUACAAAUAGAGAAAUUCCAAGGGAAUAAUUUUGAAAACUAGUUGAACAAAAAAUCCAGUUUUUGUUUCAGAGGGACUCUAAUUUUUCAAUUUCCAUAUCUUAUAAAUAAAAUUACAUAAAAAUGGCAGUUCAGUGGUACUGGAGGGAAAAAAUCUGUAAAUCAGGAGAGGGAAAGAGUUGGAUUUGACAGGAACCAAAAGGUGAUUUUUAUUGGGGGGAAGCCUUGUAAGAAUGCAGUAAUAUUGGCAAAUGGUAAUAGAAAUAUUUAAGGGAAUGUUUCACAUACAAAUCUUUACGUUUGCUGAAUUUUACACACCGACAAGAGCAUUAAAAACAUAAAAUACAGAUUUUGCAAAUACCAAUCCAUUGCAAGGAUACUGAUCGUAGAAACAACAGAACAGAGGACCAAAAACUGAACUAAUCAGGAAAGUUUGGGGGGGAAUUAGAGGUCAUAGAACUAACUGUGAUGAUGUGUCAUUACAAAACGAUUAGAGAGGAAAUGGCUAAGUGAGUUCUGGCAGUCCCCAAAAUAGAAUUGAGUACAGUGGUACCUCAGGUUACAUACGCUUCAGUUACAUAUGCUUCAGGUUACAGACUCCGCUAACCCAGAAAUAGUGCUUCAGGUUAAGAACUUUGCUUCAGGAUGAGAACAGAAAUUGUGCUCCGGCGGCGUGGCAGCAGCAGGAGGCCCCAUUAGCUAAAGUGGUGCUUCAGGUUAAGAACAGUUUCAGGUUAAUAAUGGACCCCCGGAACGAAUUAAGUACUUAACCCGAGGUACCCCUGUAUAAUGGAUAUAGGGCUGCCAAUAAGUUGGAUUCAUAUGUUCAUGUACAGAUCAAUAUUUAUGUGUAUGUAUGUUUAUGAUUGUGAAUGAUUAUGUAAAAUAUUCUUGCUUUUCGCACACACACACACACAUAUUUAAAAAGGAACAAUAUCUAAGUGAUACAACAGUCAUGUAGAAUGAACAUACAGUCACAGCAUAUUGGUUUACACAGCUGGAAAUACAAAACAGGCAGUCAGAACCAUAAAAAGAUUAAAAAUGAAUCUUUUUUUUUAAAAAAUAAUAUUUAUUGAAUUUUAAAGGGUUACAAAAAGAAAAAAUUAAAAAACAGCAUAUUUUAAAAAUACAAAACAUCACAUCACAAUAAUAAAAAAAGAAACAAGAAAAAAAGAAAAGGAAAAAAUACAAUAAAUCUUCCCAUAGCUUAUCUUUCAUUUGCUUAUUUCCUUGACCUCCUCACACCUCCCUUUUUUGUAUUCUAGUUCAGUUAGCUAUUUCAGCAAAUCCUUUCCAUCUUUUCCAGUUUUUGUCCUCUAUUUUAUCUUAAUAUAACGUAACUUUACUUUCCCUCCUUCACCAUUUAGCAAUCUAUUUUUCCUUAAUCCUUUAUAGCAUUUCUGCUAAAACGGCAUUAUUUCAUUCCAGCAUCCUUCUAACAUUCCUUAAUUUUACAAUGUUUCUGUAAAUAAACUUUAAAUUUCUUUCAAUCUUCUUCCACCAACUCUUCUCCCUGGUCUCGGAUUCUGCCAGUCAUUUCCGUCAGUUCCAUGUAGUCCAUCACCUUCAUCUGCCAUUCUUCCCGGGUGGGUAGAUCUUGUGUCUUCCAAUACUUCGUGAUGCGUAUUCUUGCUGCUGUUGUAUAAAAAAUGAAUCUUAAAAGCUAAAGAACACCAAUUAAGCCUCCUUUUUUCAAAUAGGGAAAAGGUGUACAGUAUUUGUGUUACAAGUUUGUAUGGGACCCAGAGAAUUAGUGUUCAAGCAUCAUCUGAGGGAGUCUGGACUGCCAAGCAGACACUGUGCUCACCUCUAAGCUGCGGUAAUCAAUUUCAGAGCUCCUGUGUACAUGUGAGGACAAAAUGUACAAAUCCAACUAUAUGUGCAGUUAUGUCUGAUCUGCAGCAGGGCUCAGCCCUGGAGUCUUACAAUAUGGGAAGGGGAGCUCUGAGCAUGUGCAGAGGCCAGGGCACACUUCCACAGGCAGCUUCCUCCUUAGAUGAGUGAGGCUUCAAGUCAGAUAUUCAUCCUGCCACUGCUGUAUUUAGAAAAACCGUAACACUUUGUUCAUGUCACUUUUCUUUUCAUGUAGUAGGUGCUGUUGAACAAGAAAUGGUUAACAGGAAAUGGUUGCCUUUGACAUUGAUAGCUCCAGUUCAUGGGGAAGUAGCUAGAAGUUUUCUGUAGACAGAGCUGGCUUGAUGCCACUGACUUGAGUUGGCUCAUAUCACCUUUCAUCCUGUGCUGCUUUUAGCAUUUUCUUACCUAUUUGCUUAAGGUUGAUCAGGUGCAGGGCCUGAUCAACAGAAAUCCAGCAAUGUAGCUCUUGCUUCAAAAUGUACUUGCAAAGCCCUUUAAAUCUCCCAGCCCUUAUAAAUUGUAAACAGCAGUGGUUUAGCCUUUUAAAAAAACUUUAUUUUUAGAAGUGUGUCCAGCAAAGUCUUCUCUUUCUGCAUGCAGUGGAUAUUUGCCUGAUUUUGUUGAGUUUUUCCUUUAAUUUGUGGUUUGUGAUCUGGAGACUUUUGCUCUUAGAUUUCUAAAUGACAAAGAGCAGGACCACAGUAUUCCGAAGCAGCAAAGCUAUUACACUGCUGCAAAAGGAAAUGAACUUGCAGGAGCACCUCAAGGCAUGUUUGAAAUUGGGUAGUGCUUGGAACAAUGGAUGUAGCACAUCUUUAAGUGUGAACAUAAAGCUAAACAAUGUUGCUGUGAAAAAUCUAAGCCUUGUCCCUUGGAAAAUAUUUGUGAGCUGCAGUAGUUGAAAGAGCUUAUUAAAAUGACACCCUUUGUAAAUAGGACUAGGAGGGGAAGCAGAUAGAUUGUACUGGUGGUGGUUGAAAUCUAUGUGUUUGACUGAGCUGAUGUGGCAAGUGAGUUCAAAUGAUACUUGCGGCAGGAGAGGCUGUCUGCCUGCAGUCCCUCAGAAGCUGAACAAGUAGGUGAUCUAUUUGGACAAACGUGUCACAGCAAAUUCCCAAGUUAUUGGUUUGGGGCUUGCAGCAUUCAAAAUUUGCCAGGCGCCAAGCACAUUUUGCACCUGGCUUUCAGCCACUUGCAACCAGGUGAAGAUGCCAGGAUGGCGCCUGAUGUCUCCCCCAACUGGAGGUGCAUGUCUGGAGAUCCUUGGAUCUUGACUGUUUUCACACACCAGCAACACAUCCUGUAGAAUUCUAUUUGUACUAUUUUAUCUGCACAAUUAGAAUGAAUUUCAGGAACUGAAAUGUUGUAUGGAAAAAUAUGGCUUUCGAGACGUCUGCCCCCCAAAUGGCAACUAGUCAUUCCGUUUUGGUGACUGUAACCCUGGUGUAAGGAGCCACCAACACUGAAUGCUUGUAUACCGGGCUCUCACUUGUGGGGUGCCUCAGGGCUCUGUCCUCUCCCCCAUGCUUUUUAACAUCUACAUGAAGCCGCUGGGAGAGAUCAUCAGGGGGUUUGGGCUGGGUGUUCAUCAGUAUGCGGAUGAUACCCAGCUCUAUCGCUCUUUCAAAUUGGAACCAGUGAAGGCGGUGAAGGUCCUGUGUGUCUGGAGGCAGUUGGAGGAUGGAUGGUGGAUAACGGAUUGAGGUUGAAUCCUGACAAAACAGAAGUACUGUUUUUGGGUGAUGGGGCGAGCAGGUGUGGAGGACUCCCUGGUCCUGAAUGUGGUAACUGUGCACCUGAAGGACCAGGUGCGCAGCCUGGGAGUCAUUUUGGACUCACAGCUGUCCAUGGAGGCGCAGGUCAAUUCUGUGUCCAGGGCAGCUGUCUACCAGCUCCACCUGGUACGCAGGCUGAGACCCUACCUGCCUGCGGACUGUCUUGCCACAGUGGUGCAUGCUCUAGUUAUCUCCCGCUUGGACUACUGCAAUGCGCUCUAUGUGGGGCUACCUUUGAAGGUGACCCAGAAACUGCAAUUAAUCCAGAAUGCGGCAGCUAGACUGGUGACUGGGAGUGGCCGCUGGGACCACAUAACACCAGUCCUGAGAGAUCUGCAUUGGUUCCCAGUACGUUUCCGAGCACAAUUCAAAGUGUUGGUGCUGACCUUUAAAGCCCUAAACUGCCUUGGUCCUGUAUACCUGAAGGAGCAUCUCCACCCCCAUUGUUCAGCCCAGACACUGAGGUCCAGCACCGAGGGCCUUCUGGCGGUUCCCUCAUUGCGAGAAGUGAGGUUACAGGGAACCAGACAGAGGGCAUUCUCGGUAGUAGCGCCUGCCCUGUGGAAUGCCCUCCCUUCAGAUGUGAAGGAAAUAAGCAGCUAUCUUCUCUUUAAAAGACAUCUGAAGGCAGCCCUGUUUAGGGAGGUUUUUAAUAUUUAAUGCUGUAUUGUUUUUAAUACUUGAUUGGAAACCGCCUAGAGUGGCUGGGGAAACUCAGCCAGAUGGGUGGGGUAUAAAUAAAUUAUUAUUAUUAUUAUUAUUAUUAUUAUUAUCACCACUAUUUCUUGUUUGUGUCCCUGCCACGGUAGCUGAGAAAGUCACUUCCCUGGGAAAAGACUGGCAUCGGCCAUGCUUGAAGUGUGAAAAAUGCAGCAAGACCCUGACUGCAGGUGGCCAUGCGGAGGUAAGUCGAGGUUUGAGGUGGCUGCUUCUUGCCUGCAUGACAAACUUCCAGGUGGAGCCUGUUUGCAGAGUAACUGCAUAUGUCCAUGUGGCUUUUUCUGACGUGAUGCUUCUGAAUAAUUUGCUGCAAACAUAUGCAUGUGCCUCUAAAGUGGGUUGAGCAACAGAAGCAGAAUUGUGAUGUGUGCUUGCUCUGACAGAUUGUGCAGAUAGCCUGCUAACUAAAGCCACUGGCUUCUUCGUCUUAUUAUUUAUUACGUUUAUAUGCCAUCUUUAUCUCCCAAGGAUAUUGCAAGAUACUUGCAGAAUAUCUAUGUGAAAUGGACUUUAGUCAAUGAUUUCUGGUCACCUGUUUCUUACUGUUUUUCACAUGUCUCAUUGGGGAGAACCAUAUAUGAUAUCAUCAAUUAUAUUUAUUUCUAAAAGCUACCUGUGCAUGAAGAUGUCCCCUUUUUAAAGUUCUACACAGGACCUAUGGUUUACCCAAUUUAUUGGUGGGUUGUUGUUUCCCCCCCAGUUAAAUUAUUGGGGUUCCCAUUGUUUCCCUUGCACAUACAUAUGAGCAGGAGGAAAAGGGGAUCACAAAAACAUUUCUUUUGGCAGCUUAUUAACUGGUCUCCCACCUUUCAGGAGUGAAUGUAUGCUCCCCCUCCCUCAAGUAGAAGAGGGAAAUAAUUCAGAAGGAACGCCGGAUGACAGACAGCCUUAUUGUUCAGAUUAGUUGGCUGCAGGUCGUGUUUGUGCUGCCAGGGUGGCUGGUUUUCACACCACGGUAACCACCAGCUAACAAACAAAUCCCUGGUUUGCAGUGCCGUUUCUCAUGUUCAUGGAAGGAGCAAAGCAUUGACUGCAAUGAUUUGCCACUUGGAUUGCCCAACACUGUGUGCGGCCCCUCCUGAUUAUUACAGAGUUACAAUUUAUUUUCUUUAGUUUAACUUUGGGGGGGGGGGAGAGAGUCCCAUUACUAGUCCCAUUACCAGCCAUCCUGUUCCCUUCUCUCUGUGCAGAUGCUGAGCAGCAAAGGAAGAGGGCGGUGCAGCUGGAACUUGCUUUGCAGCACACCCAGCCCAGCAGCCUCUUUUAAGAACAGGAAGAGGGGAGCGCAUGGGGAAAGGGAGCUGGGGCUGCCUGGCGAGGGGCGGGGUGCCUGUUUGAAUGGCUUGUGUGUUCUUCCUGAGUGGGUGUGGGUGUGUUGUGUUACCAUGGUAUCUUUGUGUGAGUUUAUUGUGAGCUGUGGAAUGAGUGAGUUUGGGUUUCUUCCUGGGUGGGGGAACUGAAGGUUUCUCUUUCUCUCUCUGUCUCUCUUUGUGUGUGUUUUAAAGGGAGUCAGAGGACAUAUUGCUGGGUAGGUGGGGGAAUGUGGAGUGGGAGUUUUUGGAGGGGUUGGUUUGGGGUUUUGGAAAGGAGAGACUCUUGUGGGGAUUGGGUUUGUCUGUUUGUGAGGGGACUGUCACAACGCUUUGUCAAAAUUGGCCACCCCUGCUUUGCCAUUAUUUGUGGACUCCACUCCUCUGGCAGGGCAAACAGAGCUGCAGGCAGCUGCUCUGAGCAGCAGGCCUGGCUUUUGCCCCAAGAGCAGACAGGCAAGCGAGGCUCUGCCUUCUUAGCCUCCAGCAGGAAUUGGUUGGUGGCUCUGGGUCUUUCCCGUCUUCCAUACAUACUACAAUCCUUCCAUCAACUGUCCCGUCUACCCUGCUUCCUCUGAGAUGUUUGUAUUCUCUCUGCAGCAUGAUGGGAAGCCUUAUUGCAACCACCCUUGCUAUGCUGCCUUGUUUGGACCAAAAGGUAAGAUUCCUCCAGACAAGCACUUGUUGCUCCAAAGAUUCCAUCUUAUGGAAAUAGGAUCACAUGCCAGAGUAUCCCCGUGUAUAUUGGAGUCUCUCUGGCUCACAGGAGGCAGAACUCUCUCUGUGACGUAGUUAUAAACCGGAUGCUGGCCGGGCUGCACAUUAAGUGCCUCUGCUGUUUGCUGUUGUACAUUAAUGUGUGGCAGCCAUAUGGUGACAGACUUUACUGUCACAUUUGAAGAUUGCCUUGGAGCUUCCUAAUCCAAUUCCCACCCAAUCACCUUUGCAACACGUCCGAGGCUCCAUUUUCCAUCUCUUCGCACCUUCUGUGCAUGAAGACAUGGGGAAACACUGGAAAAAAACAACACAUUGUAAAUGCUUAUUGAUAUUUUUACGAUUUCCAUUCAGAUAAAAUGAGAGUAUUUGGUCUGGUACAAAGUAUGCAGCUAUAUGUUUAAACUAUUUACAAAACUAGGGUGGGUCCCAACAUUAAAUGCUUUUAUUUAAAAAAAUAAUGUAAGACAAUCUACAGUAUUAGAGAAUAAAUUCUUAUACUGAACACUCAGAUGCAAUAUAUAUUUCCGCACCAAGUCUAUGAAACGAGCAUACAGGUAAAUUGCAUGUGAAUUCUUCUUGCCUUUUAUAUUCUAAGUUGUAAAUGAUACAUUUUACAUUGUUAAAACAGUAAAAUAAGAUUAUUUGAUAUGCUUUUUUAUUUGAUAUGUUUUUCUGAGAAACACCAGGCAGAAUCUGUUUUUUAAUGGCUUCAACAUUUCCUGUAAUCUGACAUAGCUGGUACCAAUGGCAAAAGGGUGUGGACAUAGCCCCAAAUCCCCAAACUAGGAUUUCUGCACCCAUUCACAAGUGGGUCUGGGAGAUGAUCUUCAUUCUCUGUUUGAGAGGCUAAUUGCCGCAGAAGAGCCAAAUAGCCAAAUGUACCCUUUGGAGGAGUAUGUUGAAAGAACUGCCUUUCCAUGUGGCAGGGAUUGAUGACGCAAGCUGCUUGGUGAUCAUGGUCCACCAAACUAGAGAUGUACUGUCCUUUCAUUAAAUUAAUAUGACUUUUCAGAUUCCUGGAUAACUAUGGAUGAUGAACUAAUCUUGUCCCUUGAGGGAAAAACCCCUUUUCUGUAUAUGUCUGGGAGGCUACAACAGAGGGAAUUGUCAUUAUCUUUAAAAAGUCCUGGCCUAGGCCCAUUCAGAGCCUCAUCUAGGGUGGCUCUUUUCAUGGCUAGAUAACCAGGUGUGGAAAAUGCCACUAGUAUUGAUUUGCCUGGUUUCCUUUCAGGGUUUGGCCGUGGAGGGGCUGAAAGCCACACCUUCAAAUGAAGUUCAGGUAAAUUCCUGUUAUUAAAGCUUCUUCUUGAUAGACCCAGGAUAGCUUUUGUAGCCCUGAUGGCUUAGAUCCAUUUUGAUCACAGUAUUCUCUUUGCCUUCUUUUUAGGGCUGGAAGGAUGGAAUUGGCUGUGGAUUCCAGCAGUUUCACAAAUCAUAA